AAACUCUCAGACAAACUGCGCUUUACUACGAGCAGCACACAUGACAACAGAAACUAAGAAUGUGUGUGAGAGGGAGAGACUGACGGCUUUCGACUCGCGUCCCUUGAAAUAACCGCCGAGACUAAAACUCUCUUCUUCUUUCCUAUUUAUUUUUCGUGGAGGAGGAUUUUUUUUUUUGUACACAUCUAUGUAGAUUUUUUUUUUAUUUUUCAUUCGGUGAAAACGUGAAGAAGCGAAAAGCGUCGGGCAGGCUCGCUUAUGGAAAGAAGAAAAGACAAAAAAUAAACUCGCGCGCGCACGAGCGCUCACGCGCACGACUCGAGAGCAGCGGGUCGUGGGCUCGGUGCACGGACAGAGGAGCCGUCCACCCCCCCCCCACCCCACCCGGUUUAAAAGUGUCCCGGAGAGACUCGGCCCGGAGAGGACGGGACAGGAGCAGUGGGGAGCUGCUGACUGCGGAGCGAAUGAGGACGAAACCCUGAGCUCCGUCUCUCCAGACCUCCGUGGCGCUGCGGGGGGGUGGAGGGUGGAGGGGGGCGACGUUGUCGGAUGUGCACCCGGCCCUGGAGGCCCGUGGCCCGGCCGCGGGGAUGGCAGCCUCUGCCCUGAACCUCAACGGCCUCGGAGUCAUGAACAGCAGCAAUCAGUUUCACUCCCAGCCCGGCGCCUCUAGUGCCACCUCCCGACCCAGAACCAGUCCAGCGGGUCGCCCCGUGCUGCCGGUCCCGGAUCGCGGCACCUACUGUCAGUUACUGGGCGGGGGAGCGGCGGGCGGAGGCCUCUGCAGCCCGACCAGCCCGAAGACGAGCCCUCGCUCCCCGGGACGGACCUUCGCCUUCCCCCCCGCGUCCUCGCUCUCCCCCGGCCCCCCCGCCCGCUCCCCCUCCCCCCGCAGCCCGGAGCUCCUGGGAGUCAACGUGGGCCGGCGGGUCCGGCGGCUGAGCUCGUCCGGCGGCGGGGAGGACCGAGGGGAAGGAGACAGCCCGGAGGAGAGGGGAGGGGCGGAGGCGGCCGAAGGGGAGAGGAGGGAGGAGAGGAGGCGCCAGGCGCAGCAGCUGCAGAUACACAGGGAGCUGCAGAACGUGGAGGUCAGGGGAAAAGUGGGCAUUUUCGAGGCACACAUUUCGGGAAUCCGCGCCCAGGUGCUGAACACCGAGCUGCAGCGCAGCCCUCGCUCCCCGAGGCGCUCAAACAACGCGGCGCCCGAGGGCCCGAUGACCCCCCCGCCGGAGAGCAGCCUUCUCUGGGUCGUCCCAAAUGGAAGAGGAAGGGAGGAAGAAACUGCCACCGCGGGAGAGAGGAGUGAAGGAGGAGGAGGAGGAGGAGGAGGCGAAGGGGCCGAAGGGGACGACGGCGCCACGAAAGCGGGCCCGGAAAACCAGACACCCAUCGGCGAUCAGAAUGGCCGCCGCUCGCUCGCAACAACGCAAACCCCCGGUUUGGACGGGCCGCCCGUCGCCCGGGGUUCCCUCGAGACGCUAAACCCGAACGCGUCGGUGGCCGGGGAGGAAAAACGAGGAGGGGGGGACGCAGGCGGGGGAGACAACAGACAAGUGUUGGGAGACGAGAGGGAGCCGACGCGGGGAGGCGUGAGAGAGGAGAGAGAGGAGUUGCAGCUCCGGACACAGGCCAACAGGUCGGAGGAUUACCCAGAAUUCAAUGCUCUCCCUCCGACGCGACGCGAAGUGAGCCCCCCCCCCCGUUUGCCGGACCCCGACCACACCUCGGGCCACUGCCCCUGCGCCCCCCCCUCCAUCCCCGCCGUCAUCGUCACGGACCACGGUCUGGAAGGCCAGGCCGGGGCUUGCGAAGGCCCCGGCUCGGACCAGGGCCUCGGGUGCAGCCCCAGCCCCGGUUCAAGCCCCGUCCCCGGGGCAAACUUCUCCACCCACUCCCUCAGGAAGCUGUCGUCCUCCUCCGCCUCCUCGGCCGGUUUCUCCUCUUCCUGGGAAGAGUCGGAGGAGGACAUUUCCAGUGACACAGAGAAAGGGGAGCAGCUUCUCAACCCUGCGACCCUCACCUCUCAACAGAAAGCACACAAGUCUUGGAAGAAGAUUAAGAACAUGGUCCACUGGUCGCCGUUUGUCAUGUCCUUCAAGAAGAAAUACCCCUGGAUACAACUGGCGGGACACGCAGGGAGCUUCAAGGCCGGAGCCAACGGACGAAUAUUAAAAAAACACUGUGAAUGUGAGCAGCGCUGCUUGUCCCUCCUCAUGAGGGACGUGCUGCGCCCGUACGUCCCCGGUUACCACGGAGACGUGGAGAAGGACGGCCAGAAAUACAACCAGAUGGAGGAUCUGCUGGCCGAGUUCGACUUCCCUUGUGUGAUGGACUGCAAGAUGGGAGUGAGGACCUACCUCGAGGAAGAGCUGACCAAAGCUCGUAAGAAGCCCUCCCCGAGGCCCGACAUGUAUCAGAAGAUGGUGGAGGUGGAACCGGAGGCGCCGACGCCGGAGGAAACCCUCCAGAAAGUGGUGACCAAGCCCAGGUACAUGCAGUGGAGGGAGACCAUCAGCUCGACGGCCACCCUGGGAUUCAGGAUAGAGGGAGUGAAGAAGGAGGACGGGACAGUGAACCGAGAUUUUAAGAAGACGAAGACAAGGGACCAAGUUACUGCGGCCUUCCAGGACUUUGUCAAAGGAAACAAGGACAUACUGAACGUUUAUCUGAGCAGGCUGGAGGAAAUCCGCGACACUCUGGAGAUCUCCCCGUUCUUCAAGACCCACGAGGUGAUCGGCAGCUCUCUGCUAUUCGUUCACGACAGCAAAGGAAGGGCCAAAGUCUGGAUGAUCGACUUCGGGAAGACCACACCUCUGUCCGAGGGGGACGAGCUGACCCACCGAGCGCCGUGGGUCGAGGGCAACAGAGAGGACGGCUACCUCUACGGGCUCGACAGCAUGCUGGACAUCAUUGUCUCCAUGGUGAACUCUGAGACCUGAGGGCCGACGGGGGGGGGGGACGCGACCAAACACACUUCCUGGCUCGAGGAUUUACCGCUAAGACGUGACGUUUCCCCUCGUGUCGGAAACUCUCCGUUAACAAUACCCGGACAGGUCCGCUCAUGGACGCAACCCAACGGCGCCGCUGCGGAUUUCAGGUUCUUUUUCCUCUUCGCCCGUCAUCCGCUGCAUUUUCACUGAAGGAGAAAUUCAUCCAAAUUGAAGUGCAAGGCCGGUGAUAUUUUAAACGUUUUGUUACAAAUUCCCCCCCCCCAAAAAAAGACCAGAAAGGAGUAUCUGUUUUUGGUGUCUCAAUAUUUAUCCAGUCCGUCUGUGUCUCUCAGCCCAAAAGCCAAUUUGUUUCUGCUCAAGAUUGGAUUAUAAAAUUGGAUUAUGAAUAUAUGCUUUCAUAAAUAAAAGACUAAAUCAUUUUCGAAAGCAGCUGUUAGCAAAAACUACUCAAUAAGGAGGAAAUCGUGUGUUUUGGUCUUUUUGUGGAAUUUGUUGAUAUUAAUAACAAAAAAACCUAAAGAAAAUAUCCCCAGAAUUAUCCUUUAAAGCCACUAUGUGAGGAAUUCGAACAUUUCAAACAGAGGACGCAGACGUCUUUUUAUUCUAUUAACAGUUGCGCGCUAACGUUAGCAUAGCACAAACCACGAAAACGCUACCCGGUCAUUAGGUCAAAAAGCUUCUAUGCUCCCAGUUCUGAGUCAAACUCAGUGGACCCGGUGACUCCAGGGCGCUCCUUGAAGAAAUAAAGCGAGGCGGCGCUCAGCAACACUUCGCCUUAAGAAAACACUCGCAGAAAGAGCCCCCCCCCCCCCCCCCACCCCGGGGGCUGUAGGUGCUGUGAGCACAAGAGAAUUGUAGCUGUAGUGGCUUUAAAAAAGUGCACGUUCAAACUCCCAUAUUCCACUUUAAACAUUAUGCUCUGUAAACUAGAUGUAAAUGAAUCAAAGUCAAACUGCAUAUCUUACUUAGUUUAUCAUGGGCUCAAUUCCACGGGAUAGUUUGUGUCUUUUUUUUUUUUUUUUAAACACAAUUUCAGCACAUUGCCCCCGUCUUUUUAAAAAGUAAUCUGCACUUGAUUUCUCUGUCCACCUCUUAAGAGUCGUUAUCGUUGGAGUGUGAGAUCUUUCACAGUGGGGGAAAAAAAAAAAUAA